AUGUUUGCCCUUUCCGAGGAGUCCAAGGAGCGCAUUGCCAAGCUCAUUGACGUUUCGCGCGUCGCCAUCCACUAUGGCUAUCUUCCUCUGAUCCUCUAUCUCGGCUACACCCGAAGCGAGCCCCGACCUUCAGUCAUCCGCCUUCUCUCUCCCCUCUCCUAG